AUGUGCUGCUCCGCUUACAGGACCCGCAGAAAGGCAAUGCAUAAUGUCAUCACACUUAAGUGUUCCGCGGCAAUGACAUCACUGGGACUGAACUGUGAUGUCACGAGGGUCAGGCUGAUAAUGGGAAAUCUAAUCUUCUCCCUCCUUCUUCUGCAUUUCUACCUUUGGGAUACACAUAAGGUAUCUUAUCCUUCUAACAACAUUACGAUAAGCUUUGUGGAUCAGGGCAAAAGCCCAUCUAGUCGAACACCCUGUUCUCACAGAGGCCAGCCAGAAGUCUGUGGGAAAUCCUCUAUUUUUUCCUUAAACUGUUACUAGUAGUGGGUUCCACAGCGAAAGUUUGUGCUUGUUGCUGCCUGCUAGGCGUUUGCUUCAUGAGGGCCACUUAACACAAUCCUUUCCUAACAGUGUCAUUCAUUUAAUGACACGUUUUUGAAAACGUUUUAUUCGAUACAGCUUUCCCUCCCUCUUCAGGGCUUAUCGAGUGCUAUGCUCCCCCUCUUUCCAGUAUUUAUCUCUUAGUCACAACUGGGACAGGUGUUCAAGGGCAACUGAGAGGCGGCUGGCAGCAGAAUCAGAGGCCAGCAGAAGAAAAAGAUUUUGGCCUUCAAACAUCAGACAUGUCUCCGAUAAAAAUAAUAGGGGAAAAGAUAAAUGAGCUUGGCACAUACGUCUAUUUUGCUAAGAGGUUCUUGAGACAGGGGGGAAAAUAGAGUUCAGGCUUUGUUACAGUUUUAUAUAAGUGAUGUUUAUGGCAAUUUAUAGAGCUACAGACAAGGAGAGAGAAGUCUCUGCCCCAAGGAGCUUGCAGUCUAAGAUUUGGCAAAGGGGAGGUAGGAGAAGGAAGAAGAAGGGUGUUGAAGAGAAACAAGAUACAAAUGUGUGACCAGCUUUAGUCUGGGUAGCAGGGAGAGGUGAAGAUUUGCACCUGAGGGCCACACUCAGCUUUGAAGGGAGGUGAGGGCCACUUAUGAACAGCUUCCUGAGGGCCACUUCCAAGUGGUGGGCGGAGCAACAAAUGUAAAAUUUGCCUUUCUGUGAUAGGCUCACUUCCACACAUACACAUUUCUUUCCUCCACCCGGACAAGCAGUUGCAAAGGGUCUACUCUGAGUAGAAUUUACUUGGCUACAGCCCCAAGUUCAUGUAGAGAGAGUCACCCCUUAUAAAACUCCAGUAUGUGUUCAUAUCAUUAUAAUUACAUACAAGGCCCUGCAGGAUUCAACUUCCUUCCGCGGGGCCUGUAAGAAAGAGCUAUUCCACCUGGCUUUCAAUUUGAACUUAGCCUGAUGUUUUAUUCCCCUUCCUUCCCUCCCCCUCCCCUUUUUAUGAAGAUUACCCGCUCUGGGAUCCCACAGCUGGUAAUUCUCCCCUGGUCUCCUCACUGGCCCAAAUAGGACUAAUUUAGCCAGCUAGCCCUGGUGAUCAUCUAAAGUUUAUUGGAUGGAUUUCCCCCCUAAAUUGAUUUUUGAAUUCUGAUUUUAUUGUUAUUCACGUUUUAUACUCUAUUUUAUGCUGUGUUUUGUUGCAUCAAUUAAGUGUUUUAAAUUUGUUCUUAGCUGCCCUGAGCCCGGUUUUCUGAACCGGGAAGGGCAGGGUAUAAAUAAAAAAUUAUAAUUGUAAUUAUUUAUUAUUCAUAGCUCACCCUGUCUCAUGGACUCAAGGCAGACAACUGCGAUUUCACCUGA